AUGUCUUUACUUGGACUGCCCUAUGAAACUCUUUCGAACAUUACACAAGAACUGGAAACAUGCGACUGGAAUGCGCUUGUCCAAUGCAAUUCUCGCCUUUACCACAUGUUAAACGCCGAUCUUUAUCAUCACAAUGUGCACCACGAAAAAUCUUCAGCAUUAUUUUGGGCCGCCUGUGUUGGCAACAUGAAAACUCUAGAACUUGCCCUUGCGACAGGCAUGAGUGUUCAAUGGGAGUCGAAUUACCGCUUAGAAGUGGCCGAAGAUCCUUUUCUCCGAGCCACCCAGCCAUCACCACAUAGAGGAGCGAUACCAAAAUUACAUCCAAUAUCAUAUGCUGCUAUAAGUGGGCAUAUUGACAUUGUGGCGAAAUUUCUCGAUCUUGGAGUCGAUAUCGAGUAUAGAGGCCAGGCUGGCUGGACCCCACUUAUGCUCGCUGCGCGCGGUGGGCAUUUCAACCUGGUACAAAUGCUUAUUGCGAAGGGGGCAGGUAUUCUCGCUAGAGAUAUUCAGGAUAUGCAGGCGACCGAUCAUGCAUCAAUGCAGGGUCAUUAUCAGAUUGCAGAUGAUCUGUUUCAAAAAGAACAAAAUCUUCCAUAUAUGGAGCGACCUUCUCAAAAUUUAACGCUGAGACAAAAUCUGCACUGGAUGCUAAGGGCCGCGGCUGAGAAAUGUGAUAUGGAACGUGUGAAAUUUCUUUUAACACAAGAAGGCGUCAGUAUCAACUUUCAACAUCCCCGCGGAUACGAAACUACACUCCUUGCUGCGCUCAAGUUCGCGCCACAGCCGCUGAAUAUAGUCCAACUCCUACUGGACAAAGGAGCCGAUCCAAGCCUAAGAGCCUUCAUCCCCCGACAAUACGGAAGAAGAUUCCUCAUUCUCGAUAAAUGUCCUCUUGAAGCCGCUCUUCUCAGAGAUGAAAGUCAACCUCUCAUUGAAUUACUGCUCGAGCAUAAUCCAUAUCCAUCCGAUAUAAACAAUGGCCUAAAGCUAGCAGCGCAUCUUAAAAAAGUCACCGAAUUUCGCCUUUUGCUUAAUAGCGCCACGGAUCUUUCAGGUUUAGACAUAAUGGCAGGAAUUUGCGACUCACCCCCCAUUGUGAAAUUAAUUAUCGAGCGCGGCAUUACGCCUUAUUCUGAUCCUCCCGCUCAUCUUGCGCCUAAUUUUGCUGAGAUUAUUCCUGCGCGGCGUGCGAGUACAAUUGUGCCUCUUGUUCCUUCGGAAAAGGACCCUGCGAUGCUUGCGCGUGGGAUUAGACGGCGAUGGGAUCCCUUAUAA